UAUGGCUGACAGUCCCGCCUAAGUUAGUUUAGUGUUUUUACGGCCGAGUCGCCUUAUCAAACUGUUAACGAGAACUUUAAAGAACCAGCCGGACAGUUUCGAUUAUCACAUAGAAGAAUCAAAGAUAGAUGAACUGCCAGGGCAUCCGAGCGUGUGCCUCAGAAAAGAAAUUAACAAGCGUCGUUUACGUUUCCCAUGAAAAAUCCGCGAAUUAUUCCAGCCACUCAAAAAAAACAAAACAAAUUGCGUGCGUUGCUUCGCAAAAGAACUGCGUUAUUUUUCAAUAAUCACUGUGAUGUUACAGAAAAGGUAUUGUCUGGUGCGGUCAGAAUCCGCUUGCGCGCGUUGUUAUCACGUGAUGACUUGAUACGCCGUCUCCUGAUUUCAUUUAAUAACCCAAUAAAGCUGCCCGCGCGCGCGCGCUUUUAUCACGUGACGACUUUGAAACUAAGUCUCCUGAUUUAAUUUAAAGCGCUAAUAAGGGUGCUGCGCGCUCGCUUUUGCUCCAUUAACACUCCUAUGUUAUUUCAUGAGCUAGCGUGCGUUAUUAUUGAAUGUGUUUUUCACCGAAGGUGUACGCGCCUAACGUUUAUUGUUGUUAAAAGAUUUUUUUUUUUUUUUAUAAAUAGUGUUUUUUGUUACCAUGUUCCGGGGUAUCGCCAUUUCGUUGAUUCUCUGGUGGAUUCCAGCCUCCGCGGGUCAGCUCUGUAACCUGACUGGCAUGUGGCUGAAUGAUCUCGGCUCAGCAUUGCAGAUUUACCCUUCAAGCACCGCUGACAUUCAAGGUUCCUUCACUAGUGUGGUAAAACUCGGAGAGCGAGGACCUGGAAGCCCCUUGAAAGGAAGGGUAUCGGGUGUCAUGAGUUCAGGACCGCUGCCCACCUUUGGCUUCUCUGUCUCCUGGGAGAAAGGCACAACAACUUCCUGGGUGGGUCAGUGCUUCCCAAUUAUGGAUGGUCAUCCAGGUCAUCAGAUGCUGAAGACACUGUGGCUGCUCAGGUCACCGGCCGAAGCGCCAGAAGACACCUGGCAGAGCACCAGGAUUGGAGAAGACACUUUCUACAAGGUGCCAGACACCAUGUGAUUCUACUAAAUUAUUGUACUUUAUUUUAAUAUUAAAAGCCUUUUUCAGUUGUAAU